AUGUGGUUGAAAUCUGAAGGUUUUGUAGAGAGGGUCAAGCAAUGGUGGAUUUCGUAUCGGUUCGAGGGUACAUCGAGUUUCAUUUUUGCAAAUAAGUUGAAAGCCUUAAAAAGAGACCUAAAGGAAUGUAAUAAACAGUCUUUCGGGAACAUAGAGGAUAAUAAAAAUGCCAAGUGGAUGGAAAUACAAGUGUUAGAAAGACUACAAGAGGGGAGGCCUCUUAAUGUGGAAGAGCAAGCUCAAAAAACUUUACUGGUCGCAGAUCUUGAGAGGAUAAUCUUGCAAGAAGAAUUGUCUUGGCGUCAAAAGUCAAGGGCACUAUGGUUAAAGGAAGGGGAUCGGAGCACGAGAGAAGAAGAGGCUAUUAAAGUUCAUGUGGUUGAUUUCUUUGAGAAGCUCCUUACGGAGCAGGUGGGGUGGAGGCCUACUGUAGAUGGUUUGGUUUUUAACCUUAUUGAACCGGGGGAUGGUGCCAGGAUGGAGAGGACUUUCGAGGAAGGAGAGGUAUUUGAUGUGGUCAGAAAAAUGUUUGAGAAAAGCCUUAACUCCACUUUCAUUGCGUUAAUACCAAAGAAGGCUGGGGCUAUUGAGAUCACAGAUUUUCGGCCUAUUAGCUUAGUGAAUGGAGUUUACAAGAUUAUUUUGAAAGUGCUUGCUAAUCGCUUAAGUGAGGUGUUGGGAAAGAUUGUGACUAAGCCUCAAAUUGCUUUUGUUAAGGGUGCGGUUUUGGGGAAAGGUGGAGGUCUUGGAUUAGUUGGUGUAUAUCUACGGAUAAUUGCGGCGUUGUUGGAUAAUGGGUUUGUUAGUGGUUUCCAGAUUGGAUCUCCGAGCAGGGGUUUUAUCUCUAUUUCUCAUAUGCUGUUUGCAGAUGACACACUUAUAAUGUGCGAAGCUAAUCGAGACCAGUUGGGGGCAGUGAAGGCAUGUCUGCUUUGUUUUGAAGCAGUGUCUGGUUUAAAAGUGAACUAUGAUAAAUCCGAGCUGGUGCCGAUUGGAGAGGUUCAUAAUAUUAGGGAAUUGGCGGACACAUUGGGUUGCAAGAUAGCAUCUCUUCCAAUGACUUACCUAGGAUUACCGUUGGGUAUAGCUUCAAGGGCAUGCUCGAUCUGGAAUACAGGGAGGGUUGGUGCACUAGAGAAGUUAGAGGGGCACAUGGUAUGGAGUUAUGGAAGCAUAUUAGAAAAGGGUGGGAGGUCUUUCAACAACAUACUAGGUUCCAGUUGGGUACAGGCUCAAGGAUUAGAUUUUGGAAGGAUGUUUGGUGUGGCAACGGUGCUCUCCAAGACUUGUUUCCUUUACUUUUCCUGA